AUGGGUAAAUUUCUUCCUUUUACUAUUGCAGCAGUAACACCAUUUACAGAACAAGGUGAUUUUGACCCAAAAUCAGUCCCUGGUCUAAUUCAGUAUUUGGUCAAAGAGGCAAACGCUCCUGGUUUAUUGAUAUGUGGCUCCACGGGUGAACAACAUAUUAUGUCGAUUGAAGAUCGCUUAGAACUUUACAGUUCUGUUAGAAAUACAGUGGGCACCAAUUAUCCGCUUUACGCAGGGGUUGCUGCUUUUACGACAAAAGAUGCUAUUAGGUUGGCUAAAGGAGCUGAAAAAGAUGGAUAUCAGGCUGUUAUGCUAGGAUUUCCUCCCUAUAGAAUUCCUACACAGAAAGAAGCAAUUGAGUAUGUUAUAGAUGUUUGUAAGGCAAUUCCGUCGACGCUUGUAUUUUUAUAUAAUAACCCUAAACGAACUGGGUUUAACCUUAGUGUUGAAUCAUUGGUUAAUAUAGUAAAUCAAGUUCCGAAUGUUGAAGGCUUGAAACAAGCGGGAAAUAGAGCUGAUGUACCUUUGGCUAUACUGCAAUUAUCCCGAAAAAUUCAAUUUCUUUCCGGUUUUGAUGCAACCAUCGUUGAGGACUUCCAAAUGGGAUAUUCUGCAAUUACCUCUAUUGCAGGAAACAUCUUUCCAAAUCAAACUGCCGAGUUGAUUCACUGGAUUGAAAACGGCGAAAAAGGCAACAAGAUUGAGGAGCGCCAAACGUUAAUACGUGAUGCUAUUACUUUUGUGGGUGAAAACGGUGCCCUACCUUGUUUGAAGUAUAUUUUGAGAAAAAGAGGUGUUUCUGCCGGGUUUUGUCCUCCUCCUUUAAAAGAUCCUUCUACAGACUUAGCUUUAUCUUUAGACAAAUAUUGUUAA